AUGCUCAAGCUCACGUUCCACUUCCUGGUGGGCAACGCCGGCAACCAGGACGCCUUCCGGCGGGACAACGGCCUGCGCAGGCUCUACGCGAUGCUCAACGACGUGGCCCUGCGCGGCCCCAUCCUGCGCGUCGUGGCCAUCAUCGCCAUCGGCUCGUCAUCAUCGACGCCCAGCGCCGGCGCGACCAUCAAGAGCGAGACCGGAGGCGGUACCGGCAGCGAGGAUGUUGGGGGCGCCAUCAUUCGGGACAUCAUCAGCGUGCUCCAGUCGUCCGGGGGCACGUCCGCGCUGAGCAAGGAGGACGCCUUCCGCACCAAUGGAGGCUUCAUUUGGGCCAUUUCGGUCAUGAACGGAAUUGGAAAGUCCAUCGACACUGAGGCGGAGGAGGCCAAGGAAAAGGACGCCAAGCAGGCGCAUCAAGCGGCCGCCGACAGCACUCAGCCGAGCGAAGGCGUCGACGACGGGGCCGUCGACCCGGAGUCGAAUGGUGAUGCCGCCACCGCGCCGCGAUCGCCCGCGCCCGCGCCGGCGUCAGGCAGCGGCCCCGAAGCGUCGCAGGAGGCCUUCACUUUCAUCAAGAUGCUGCUCAACACCCUCUCCAUCGCCCUCACCGCCAACGUCGACAACCGGCGCUACUUUCGCUCCGAAAUUCGCUUCGCUGCGCUGGCUGAAGCCCUCCAGGCGUGCCACUUCGUCAUACACGUGGGCCAGCGCGCGAUCGAGAUCUGCGACGCGCUGAUCGACGUUGCGGUGCGCCACUCCUGGCCGCCCUCGUGCCCGACCCACUACAAGAAGUACGUCACCAUCUACAACAAGGAGCGCGAGAAGGAGGAGAAGCGCAAGCGCGACGACGAAGCCCGAGAGCGCCGCAGGCGGCAGCACCACGCGCAGGACCAUGCCAGCGACUUUCAUCACUACGAUGGCAACGAUGACCACGACGGCGAGGCCGACACCUUCAUGUCUGCCAGGCGCCGCAGUCGUUCGUUCUCGGCCAUUUCGUCGUCGUCUUCGUUCUCGGCGUGGGCGUCGUCGACGCGCGACAAGAUCAUCGAGGAGACGGUCAAGUCGUGCGGCGUGUGCCGCGGGCAGCUCGAGAUGGAGAACCCGGAGAUCUUCAAGAUCAUCAUCCAGCUCCUGGCGUCGGCCCAGGGCCGCACCGACGACCGCGACAUCUGCUACAUCCUCAACAAGCUCACCUUCCUCGCCACCCUCUCGCCCUCCAACCAGCACCAGAUCGCCGGCGUUGAGGUGGUGUGUGACCUGCUCGACCACUUCCGCGGCAUACUCACGGCCGGCGACCUCUCCACCCUCACCUCGACCGCCGACGCCGCCGCGCGCGCCGCGCACAUGGCCGGCGGCGGCACCACCACAAGCGCGGCCGCGUCGAUUAGCAGCAGCAACACGCGGGCCUUCCUCCACUCGACGGUGCUGCGCUUCGUGUCCAAGAUCGCGUCGCACAGCAUCUCGCUCCAGGCCCUGCGCAAGUACCUCAAGCUCAUGAAGGACCCGGCCGACUUCCCCGUCUCGCUGCUCUCCACCCUCGUCGCCAUCGCCAAACGGGACGGACAUGUGGUGCCGUCGUACUUUCUGGACUUUUCGAACAGCAAGGCGGGCGUGGCGCUGCCGUCGACGGAGGCCAAGGUCAUCUGGCCCCCGCCGGAGGGCUACACGAUCGCCUUCUGGCUCAACCUGACGUCCGACGGCAGCGGCGCCCAUCCGACGAGCCACGGCAGCGGCAAGCGGCUGCGGAUCGUACCGGGCAAGGCCGUCUCCGAGAGCCACGUCACCAACAUCGAUCUGCGGGAGCACAAGAGCGACGAGGCCGCCACCCACAUCUUCACCCUCAACAGCGCCAACAAGCAGUGCCAAACCGAGGUGCUGAUCCGAGCGGGCGUGCUGACGCUGCGCCUGGGCAACAAGCUGAAUGCGACGUUUGACGACUUCAAGUUCCGUGAGAAGCGGUGGUAUCACGUGGCCAUCACCCACUCGCCCCAAAAGGUGGCGAGCGUGGUCAAGCUGAGCGUGGACGGCCUGCUGCGGGGCAGUGUCCCUUUCACCUACCCCCGGCCCACGUCGGCGCACCUCUUUGCCUUCCUCGGCGCGCCGCCCCUGAGCUACAGCCUGGCGACCGGCGCCGCCGGCGCGUCCGCGGCCGCGGCCCCGGCCUCGGUGCCCCACCGAACCGAGAGCGCCUCGCAGGCGACCCUAGCAGCCUCGCUCGCCCACGACGAAGAGGCCAAGCGCGAGGCCUCCUUCCAGCUGGGCAACCUCUACCUCUUCGAGGAGGCCGCCGAGGAGCCCGACGUCCUCUUCCUCUACAUGCUCGGCCCGAACUACUGCGGCAAUCUGGACGUGGACCUGGGCAUGUUCCAGACGUACGACAUCAUCAACGCGGACAGCGUCAAGCUGCUGGCCAAGGGCAACCCGAUCUCGCCCGUCAACAACCCGUACAUGGCCGGGCGCCUGGCCGCGCAGCGCAAGGGCGCGCCGCUGUCGAUGGGCCUCGAGGUCUCGUUCAGCGGCGAGGUGCCGACCAGGUCGGCUGCGGCGGCGGCUGACGAGUCGUCGCAGUGGUCUGCGGGCAGGGACUACGACGAUGGCUCGAGCGAUGACGUCAGCACCGGCGGCGGCGACCAGCAGUGGGCCGACGGGCGGGCCGCUGCCGACAGCCAUGCCCUGCUCCUGCUCGACCCGUCCCUAUACAACGACCAAAUGUCGCACCUCGACGACACCAUCGUCUUUCUGUUCUCGGCGCGCAACAUGGUCAUGGCCCAGGCCUUCCGAAUCGACAGCUUCGGCACCUCGCGUGCGCCGCAUCAGCACCACCUGAACACGUCGUCGCUGCUCGAUAAGGAGGGCGCUGCGCAGUCGACCGUGGCGCCCACCCUACAGUCGCCCGGCGGCCUCGGCUCGGCCACCGUGGCCGCCAGCCCCCAGCCCCCAUCGUCGUCAGCCGCCGGCGCCGGCGCCGCCUCGUCCGCCUCUUCAGCCUCCACCGCCGGCGCCGGCGCCGGCGCCGGUGUUGGUGCGUCGCCCCAGAAGCGGUCGGGCAAGAAGACCAAGAACCACAUCCUGCUGGCCAACAUCGCGCACCACCACGACGGCGUGGCCCUGCGCAAGCGCCUCUCGAUUCAGGAGAUGAUCUUCAACAUCGGCGGCGUCACCAACCUCCUGUGGUUCCUGUCGACCCUGCCCUCGCGGCACGACGUGCUCGCCCGAUUCGUCGCCGCCGCGAAGAAGCGCGAGUCGGCCGCUGACACGUCGGCGUCGUCGGCCGCGUCGUCGUCUGAGUCCGAGGGCGAAGCGGCGGCGGCGGCGCAGCCUGCGGCCGGGCGGUCGCGCGUGAACCGGGAGGAGCUGCCGAACGAGGAGGAGCUGCUCAGCGCGCUGCCCGAGGCCGAGCGGCUCGCUUACAAGAUUCAGAUCAAGGAAUGCGUGGAACGCCAGCGCCAAGCCAUACGCCUGCUCCACAGUCUUUUGUUGAACAAUGCGAGGAAUGUGAAGGAGCUGCUGGACGUGAGCGGCUACCAGCUGCUGGCGAGGAUCAUCCGCAAGCACAGGUGGACGCUCGACGAGACGCUGCUCUCGCUGAUGUUCAAUUUUGUGGGCCUGCGCAAGAGCCGCCCGCAAUCGCUGCCCUAUUCCUCUGCCAGCGCCCAGGCGCACUCGAGCAGUCGCAUGCGCGCGCCCCUCUCCUCGCGGUCCGUGCCUCAGUUCGACGACGACUCCAAGGUCGGCUCCUCCCUCUUUAAACAAGCGCCGACGUUCAUCGCGAAGGUAAAGGACCUCAUGCGAAACGAGUCGUCGACGAGCCGCAAGGGCUCGCUACCGACGCCGGACCACCUGGCCUCGUUCGCCGCCGGCGGGCAGCAGCCCACCUUCGCCUUCACGUCACCGUCGGGCUCGGGCUCAGCACCGGCGACGCCCCAGCGCGAGCACGCCUUCGCCUCGGCCGCCUUCGGACCCUCGAUCGUGUUCUCCGACGGAGUGGUGGCCAACCUGCCCGCCUUCGUCCAUCUCAUACUCAACCGCAAGCUGUGGGGCAGCGCCUCCGUGAGCGUGCAGGAGAUCGUCUUCGAAAGCCUGGCGCGGUUGGUGGCGAACCACGAACAAGCGUCGUUCAACAUCAUGCGGUUCCGGGAGGCCGGCCUGAUCGACAUCUUCAUGCGCAUGUUCAAGGAGGAGGCCGACACGCUGUGCAUCGGCUUCGCGCCCACGCUCAUGGUGAUCCUCCGCUCGAUCAUGACCGACCCGCCCUAUCUCACCGACCUACAGAAAGUGGUGAGCUACCUGAUCGCAAGUCAUCACAAGUUCGGCAUGGCGCGAAACCUGUCCAGUGCCUCGCCCGAAGGGGUGCGCUCGAUAUCGGCCGAAGGCCUGGCCAAAUACCAGACAACCCCGGCCAGAUGGCGAACACUGGGCAGGAACCUUCCGUCGGCCAAGGGUCUCACGCUGCCUGGGCUGUCGACAGCCAGCUCCCUGAUGAGCACCAAUACCUCCACGGGCAUGGUAGGACCCGGGGACGAGGCGCUCCGCUCCAUUCGCGUCCACGUGCUUCAGAUGCUUUUGGAUAUCGUGACGAGCGGUGGCCAGCAGUCGAUUCGCGUAGUGGAGAGCGCCAUGUCGCUCGAGCUGCUGCUGGAGUUCAUCCAGCACGAGGACGAGGAGACGCGCAUCAUCAUACUCAAGCUCCUGGACGUGUUCCUGCGCAACUCGACCAACCGCACGCAAUUCUUCCAGAUGAAGGGCUGGCAUCUCCUGGGCGACAUCCUGAAGCCGUUCAAGGUCGGCGAGGAGCUGCUGGCCGUCCUCUUCGCCAUGUUGCUGGGCAAGCCGACCCAUUCCUACAACGCACCCAACAUCGGCGCAGGCUUUGAAAUCGUGAUGGCCACAGGUGCCACGUCGGUCACGCUGAACUUCCUGGGCAAGCUGAGCGACGAGGACAUCGUCUUGCAGCACCCCGGCGCCAUGACGACCAUCCUCGUCCUCGUUGGCAGCCAUUUCAUCAUGCCGAACACGCGGCAUGCGGCCAUCAAAACCCUGCACGACAUUUUCCUGCAGAACGACCCGGUCAAGGAUCAGUUCAUCAGCAAUCACCUCAUCGAAUUGCUGUGCGAUCUCUUCGUGGUGGGCUACCAGGAGAAGUUCCCGACGACGCCCGACAAUCGGGCCGCCCAAUCGCAGCCCUCGCCCGGCGUCUCGCCCUACUCCUCCCAGCAGGCCUCCUCGGACCUCACCCCCGACGAACAGCAACAGACCUCUGCGGCAGCCGCAGCAGCCGCGGCGGCCGAACUAAGCUGUGAGUCGUGCCCGCCGCAGCCCGACAGAGCCCACCAGGCCGAGACUGCGGGCGCCGAGCAGCAGGACCUCAGUGGUGACCCGGCCGCGGCCGCGGCCGCGGAGGAAGAAGAAGAGGAAGAAGAAGGCGAGGUGGAGGAGGACGAGGACAAGGAGUGGGAGCUCGAGGAGGACGUGCUGCGGUUCCUCAAGACCGUGGCGCUGCAUCGCUGCGUCACCGGCACGCCGAGCACGAUGCCACCCAAGCUGCUCGACGACAUCUUCCUGACGAUGGAGGUGCUCGAAGGACUGCCCCGCGAGUACGUCGUGCGCCUGCGCGAGCGGGUACUCGUCGACGUGUUCUGGUUCUUCCGCGACAACAACAUCGCCAACUCGUCCACGCUCCUCAACGCCCUCCAGAAGUUGUGCGUUCUCGCUCUGCACGCGUGGCUCUGGCGUGACUCCAUUGUGCUGCUGGAAUGCCGCAAAGUCCCGGCCUCCUCCAAGCCGUGGGCGUACAAGGCGCGCGACAUGUUCAAGGACAACGUGUUGUGCAUGAUCUUCGCCCUGUUCAACAUCCUGCGCGAGAAGAUCGAUCUCACCUCCACCCAAGCCGGCCUCCUGCUGGCGCCGAUCUCGCUGCCGCAGAUGCAGUACCGGCGGGCGCUGCUGCGGCUGCUGCAGUCCAACGUCGAGCCGUGGAUCCUGUCGGCCCUGUCCAAGCUCCUGCCCGCGCCCACCCUCUCGCCCGGCUCGUCGUCGUCCUACCUCCGCUCGCCGCUCUCCUCCUCCCUCUCCGAGCUGCGCAGCACCAACUCGAUGCUGCUGGCCAACAUCGGCGACAAGGAGUUCGUGGUCUCGUUCCUGUACCACUCGUGGCCCCUGCUGGCCCACCCCAACCCGGCCAUCAGCAUGCAGACCCAGGAGUGCUGGCGCAUCGUCAUCCACUCGACGCUGGACUACCUGAGCCUCGCCACGCUCGAGGACCUCCUGCUCCAGGCCGAGCAACACGUCCGCGAGGCCAACCAGCGCAAGCGCGACCGGGAGCAGCAGCGCGGCGAUGGCGGUGACGGUGACGACAAGAAGAAGAUGGAGGAGGAGGAGAAGAGGAAGAAGAGUGGUGAAGGUGAAGGUGGUAAGGAGGAGGAGGAGUGGACGAGGAAGGUGAAGGCGGAGCAGGUGGAGGAAAUCCUGCUGGAGGAGCACAUCUCGCACUUUGUGCGGCGGACCGAGGACACCGAGGCCAACGCCAAAGACAAAUGGCAGAAGGAGCGGCAAAAGGCCCGAAAGAAGAAGGCCAUCAAGAUAUUCCGGCACAAGUCCAAGGUCAAGGCGAACGGCAAAAGUGUGAAGAACCACUACUUUGCUUUGCAGCACGAACAGGAAAAGGCCAACAUCCAAUAUCUGAGCGAUAAGGAACACGAGGAGCAGCUCCUGCUGCACCAGUGGAAGGACCUCGUCAAGAAGGUGACCCAUCAGGAGGCCGUGUGGCCGCUCCCCAACGUCAUCGCGCGCCCACUGCUCGACGCCACCGAAGGCACGACCCGCAUGCGAAUUCGGCUGAAGCCCACGUUGACCCGACCCCUGGACAAGCUGUUCAAGGAGGACGGCGAGCCUCUAGAGUGGCUCAGCCCCAAGAUGAUUCUGCGCCUGCAGAAGCUCAAGAAGAUUCGCAUCGGCGGUCUCUACAAGGAGCAAAUGCAAAAGAACGAAAAUCACGUCGCCUUGAAGCCCGGCGAGAAGGUGCUGCUGGCGAGCAAGUGCCAGUGCAUCACGCCCUUCUCGACGCGCGAGGGCGAGAUGGUGGUGGGGGCCAAGUACACGUACUUCUUCGACAUGUCGGAGCCCUACUCGUCGCUGGUGUCGACCAAGGCGCCCGUGUCAUCUCUCGAGGCCACCGCGGCCAUCGCCGAGGGCGAGGACCCGACCUGGGCCGCCGACAAGCGACCCCGCAAGCGCGGCCAGUGGGUCGGCGACAAGUCCAUCACCCUCCAAUACGAAGACAUCAAGGAAAUACACAAGCGGCGGUAUUUGCUGAAGAAUACGGCGAUGGAGAUCUUCUUGACGACGGGCCGGACCUACCUGCUGGCCUUCCCCACCAAGCAGGACCGAAACGCCAUCUACGAGAAGUUGCUGUCGCUGGAUCUGCCCAAUCGGGUCGACUACGAGACGGAGGUGGGCGGCAACAUCCUCAAGCGGUCGAUCACGGAGAAGUGGCGCCGGGGCGAGAUCUCCAAUUUCGAAUACCUCAUGCACCUCAACACCCUCGCCGGCCGUUCGUUCAACGAUCUGACGCAGUACCCGAUCUUCCCGUUCCUGCUGCGAGACUACACGUCGGAGGAGUUGGACCUCACCAACCCCAACACGUUCCGCGAUCUCUCCAAGCCCAUGGGCGCCCAGGACCCUACGCGCCUCAAGAAAUUCAUCGACAAAUACGAAAUGCUGCUCGAGAUGAACGACGUGCCGUACUAUUACGGGUCCCACUACUCCAACAUCGGGUCGGUGCUCCACUUCCUCGUCCGCGUGCAGCCCUUCACCCGCGGAUUCAUCGAAUUCCAAGGCGGCCGCUUCGACGUCCCAGACCGAGUGUUCCAUGCGCUGGACACGACGUGGAGCUUGUCGUCGUCGAUGUCCAACUCGGACGUGAAGGAGCUCAUCCCCGAGUUCUUCUACUUCCCCGAGUUCCUCGAGAAUCAGAACCACUUCGACCUCGGCAUCCGCCACGACUCCGUGCGCGUCGACAACGUACUCCUGCCGCCCUGGGCCAAGGGCGACCCUCGCAUUUUCAUUCGCAAGCACAGAGAGGCGCUCGAGUGCCGCUACGUCUCUGAACGCCUUCACCAGUGGAUCGAUCUGAUGUAUGGAGCGCUGCAGCGUGGCGACGCGGCGCGCAAGGCCUACAACGUGUUCCAUCCGCUCACCUACGAGGGCGCGGUGGAGGUGGACUCGAUCCAGGACGAGGUCAUGCGCAAGGCCACCAUCGCCCAGAUCAGCUCCUACGGCCAGACGCCCCGCCUGCUCUUCCGCCGCGCCCACCCCGAGAAGGUGUGGCGGGAGCCCGAGCCCACCGUCUACUCGCACCCGCACCAGCUGUGGUCCUACCCGCUCCUGGUCUGCACCUUCGAGAUCCACCGCAUCGACCUCGUCGACGGCCAGCCCAUCCCCCAGCGCGCCAAGCGGGUGUUGUUGCACCCGGAGGGGACGGCGAUGGUGUCGUGGGGCUACUGGGACCAGAACAUCCGGCUGUGCUCGGUGGAGACGGGCAAGGUGCUGCUGGUCAUCAAGACGUCGCACGACGACGAGAUCCUGUGCGCCGACAUCACCCAGGACGGCCAGUACCUCGCCACCGGCGGCACCUCGUCUCUACUCAAGGUGUGGAAGCUGAAGCGGGUCAAGCAGGCCAGCUCGCGGGGCCGCAUGCGCAUCCGGCUGCAGGCCAUCCUGUCGGGCCACGCGCACGACGUGCUCUCGGUCGUGAUCUCCAAGGAGUGGAGUCUGAUCAUCAGCGGCGGGCGCGAGGGUAAGGUGAUUUUGUGGGAUCUCAACCGUCUGUGCUACAUUCGCACGCUCAAGCACCACCGUGGGCCAGUCACCAGCCUGGCCAUCAGUCCCACCACCGGCGACAUCGUCACCGUAGACAAUGGAUCGGAAUUUAUUCCUGUGGGCGAGAAGCGAUCACCGCGGAACGUCUCGACCAUUUGCCUGUGGACUAUCAACGGCCGCCUGGUGGCCUCCACCACCUGCCAGGAGCGCAUCAACUGCGUCGCCCUCACCCACGGGACGGAAGGGCUAAGCAGGAAUGUGGUCAUCUGCGGCCUCGACUCGGGCACCAUCAAGAUCUGGGACGCCUUCGACCUCAGCUUCCUCUCCGAGAUGAAGAACGAAAAGGAGACCAGCCCAAUCACGGCCCUGUGCUUGAACGCGGACUUUUCACAGCUGUUCGUGGGCCACGCCAACGGCGCGCUGGUGUCGUGGAGCCCGCGCCGGAUGUCCAACCCGGCGCAGCUGAUCAAGAAUCUCACGCUGGGCCGCCGCAAGGUGACGCCGCUCAGCUCGACCUCGUCGACAUCGGUCGCCAUUCGCAAGGCCAGCCGCGACCUCUUCGAGCGCGAGGCCGCCGCCGAGCUGGCGCGCCUGAACAACGUGGCCGAAGGCGGCUCCAGCGGCGACGAAGCAGAACAACAACAACAACAACAACAACAACACCGACAGCGCAGCAACAGCAACAACAGCAUGGCCUCGUCUGACUCGGAAGGCGACAGCGGGGCCGAGAUCGAGGAGCAAAGCUGA